GUAGCCCUAGUACCUUAUAUGUUGUUAUGUACAAUGAAGGCUAUUGGACACAUUUCACAUAUGCAUUGAUUUAGAAGUACAGUAGGUCAGUCAGGAAGUUUCAAUUGUAAGUUUUCAGGGUCCAAAAAACAGAAAUACAUAAACUCACAAGACAGACAAACACAUCAAACAUAAUUAUCAAACCAGUAACAUACACUCACAAUACUGUCAUUCAGUUAAAGAGGGGACAGGAAGAAGUAAACACUGCAGUUGUGUAACUAGCUUCUUGCCAAUCAGAGCAGCUGUUGCUUGGACCCCUCCCUACUUCAGAGAGAUUUAUAAUGGCCCUCAGCCCCACUCUAAUGUCACUUCAAUUUCUCAAAGUCUGAGCAUUCACACAGCUGUAGGAUUAUGGCACCGAAAAAGAAGGGAAUCUUGGAGCGUCUUGAUGCUGGGGAGAUUGUGAUCGGUGAUGGCGGGUUUGUGUUUGCCCUGGAGAAGAGAGGUUAUGUGAAAGCUGGUCCCUGGACCCCUGAAGCUGCUGUAGAGCACCCUGAAGCAGUACAACAGCUGCACAGGGAAUUCCUGAGGGCUGGGUCCAAUGUUAUGCAGACCUUCACCUUUUAUGCCAGUGAUGACAAGCUGGAAAACAGAGGCAACAAACUCACCUUCACUGGAGCUCAAAUCAAUGAGGCAGCCUGCGAUUUAGCCCGUGAGGUUGCCAACGAGGGUGAUGCUCUGGUUGCUGGAGGCGUGUCUCAGACUCCAUCCUACCUGAGCUGCAAGAGUGAGACAGAGGUGAAGGCCAUCUUCAAGAAACAGCUGCAAGUGUUCAUCAAGAAAAAUGUGGACUUCCUGUUUGCUGAUGUUUCUGUCCUGCAGUACUUUGAACACGUUGAAGAGGCCAUGUGGGCUGUGGAGGUGCUGAAGGAGACAGGGAAGCCUGUGGCUGUUACUCUGUGUAUUGGACCAGAGGGAGACAUGAAUCGUGUCUCACCUGCAGAGUGUGCUGUCAGACUGGUCAAAGCCGGUGCCCAGAUUGUUGGAGUCAACUGCCAUUUUGACCCCAUGACUGCUGUGAAAACUGUCAAGAUGAUGAAAGAGGGAGUGGAAAAGGCCGGGCUGAAGGCUCACUACAUGGUGCAGCCCCUGGCGUAUCACACGCCCGACUGCAAUAUACAGGGGUUCAUUGACCUGCCAGAAUUCCCCUUCAGUCUGGAGCCCAGGAUCCUGACACGCUGGGAUAUGCACAAGUACGCCAGAGAGGCCUACAAUGCUGGCAUUCGUUACAUUGGUGGCUGCUGUGGAUUUGAACCUUAUCACAUCAGGGCUGUAGCAGAGGAGCUGGCCCCUGAGAGAGGCUUCCUCCCAGCUGCUUCAGAGAAACAUGGCAACUGGGGUGCUGGUCUAGAGAUGCACACCAAACCGUGGGUCAGAGCCAGAGCCCGUCGUGACUACUGGGAGAACUUGAAGCCAGCCUCUGGUCGUCCUCUGUGUCCGUCCAUGUCUGUCCCUGAUGGUUGGGGUGUUACCAAGGGCCAUGCUGAACUCAUGCAGCAAAAAGAGGCUACCUCUCAGGACCAACUCACACAGCUGUUCAAUAGGCCAAAGAACCAAUGAAUCGGUGUUGCCUUCAGAUAUAGUAGGAGAGCAAAGUCAAACAGCUGUAUGGCAAAUAGUAGUGCACACUACCUGCAAACAGCUCUGAACCAAAUGUCAGGGGCCAAAUCCUCACUUGAGUGCUACUGCUCUGUGCACAUAUUGAUUGUGAAGCUGUAGAAGUCAGAGUGGUAUCUCAAGUUAGGAGUGGGCCACUGAUAAGACUGAGACCUUUUUGUUUUCCAUGACUCUGGACCAGUUUGUGUAAUAAAAGAAGAUCUA